UAUCACGCUCCCGCGCCAUCAAUCCCAGUCGGGGGUUUAGGGUUUUCUUCUGCGUCUGUUGCCACCACCGUUCUGCUCCCGACCCAGCUCCGACCGCCGACACAUCUCCUCCUUCCUCCUACGAUGGCCAAGAAGAGAACGAGGCAUCAGAAUCCACAACCCUUUCUCGCUGACGACAAUGAAACCGUCGUCUCGUCCAAGAAGCAGGCGAAACCCGCGAAAAAGCACCAAAAAGAGGAGAAGCUCAUAUCCUCCGGCAUAAGCUCGAAGAUACUGAAAGAGGCUCUGAUUCAGCAGAAGGAGGUCGAGGAUGAAGCCGAUGAGCUACAGAACCCUAACUUCUCGCGCCAGUCCUUGGGAGAUCAGAGCCAGUUUGCGGAACAAGAGGAGGAGGACGUCGAUGAUUUCGCCGGGUUCUCCGAGACUCAAAGUCAAUUUGGCAAUUAUGAGGAGGAGAUUGAUGAGGAUGAUGAGAAACUGCUCGAGGCUUUCUUUACGAAAGAUGCCGGUCCCCAACGCACGCUUGCUGACCUUAUUGUUGAGAAAAUAAAGGAAAAGGAUGCCACCGUUGCUUCAGAAGCUCGACCGCUACCUAAGCUGGAUAACUCCAUCAUUAAUUUGUAUAAGGGAGUUGGUGAGUACCUUAGCAAAUAUACAGCAGGAAAGAUGCCAAAAGCUUUUAAGCACAUUCCCUCGACGCAGAUGUGGGAGGAGGUUCUUUACCUCACCGAACCCGAGAAGUGGUCCCCAAAUGCAAUGUAUCAGGCCACCAGAAUUUUUGCUUCCAAUUUGGGUGCAAGGAAGGCAGAGCGGUUUUACAAGCUUGUCUUGCUUCCUCGAGUGAGGGAAGACAUCCGGAAGAAUAAGAGACUUCAUUUUGCUUUAUAUCAAUCUCUAAAGAAGUCCCUCUACAAGCCUGCUGCGUUCAACAAGGGUAUUUUGUUUCCAUUGUGUGAGUCGGGGACAUGUAGUCUAAGAGAAGCUGUCAUUUUGGGGAGCAUACUUCAGAAAGUCUCUAUCCCAAUGCUUCACUCAAGUGUUGCUCUAUUGAAACUCGCAGAGAUGGAUUAUUGUGGCACCACAAGUUAUUUUAUAAAGCUUCUCCUUGACAAGAAAUAUGGAUUGCCAUACCGUGUUGUCGAUGCUUUGGUCGCUCAUUUUAUGAGAUUCUUGGAUGACUCGAGGGUGAUGCCCGUCAUAUGGCACCAGUCACUUCUUGCCUUUGUGCAAAGGUACAAAAAUGAACUGCGGAAGGAAGAUAAAGAUAAUCUGAGGAGGCUGCUUGAAAAGCAGAGACAUUAUUUGGUUACUCCUGAAAUCAGUAGGGAGUUGAACAAUAGUCGCAAUCGUGGAGAGAAAGAUGACCCUAUGAUGAUAUCUAUGCCAGUGUCAGUGAUUAAUAAGACAAUUGAUGAAGACAGAUUUGACAUUCCUGAAGUGCCCAUGGAGGAAGAUUGAAGGGUUACCUUUUGCCCUUUUGCUUCUGUCCUUUGUUGGUAUGAUGUAGCUGAUGCUGCAAUUCUUCACGGCCAUUGAAGGAUUUUCUUCGGGAAUCAAUCAGUACAGUCCAAGAAUCUCUUUCCAGCAUGGCCGUGGAUGUUCAAAUAUAGUCAAUACUUAAUGCAAUUCUCCACUACGAUCUUUAGUGUUAGAUUAUUUUGGUCAUGGGAAUCCAUGUUGACGAUUUACCAUGGUGGUUGUACCGAAAAUAUAUCUUUGGCAUUGGAAAACCUAUCCUUAAUAUAGAGGCUUUUUUGAACUGUAGUUGAGUGGUAUGCAGACAUCCUUGUGCCAUGGGAUUUUCACAGUUUGAUAUGCAUCGGAUGUACAGAGAUGUUUCGAUGUCUAUUUAAUUGUCAGACGCACAGAUACAGUGGAUAAAUCAGUUUUGGAAUGCAUUCAUAAUGUGUUGU